AAGCAAACCUCGCCUUUCACAUUCACUGAGAGAUCUUGUCUUUGGAUACUAUUCCUAUCACUGUUACUUGACUGUUACCAAAGGUUUGCCAUGUCCACUAAGGAGUCAGAGUCGCCGCAAGAUAACGUGCAGCCAUUAAAUUACCGGGAGCAUUUCGCGGGACGGGAAACGUAUACCAAGCAUACAGAUCCUUGCGAGAGUGCGGCGAAAGCAUCCAUGGCUUGCAUGGACCGGAAUAGCUACGACCGUGAUAAGUGUCUGGAUUUCUUUCAGGCUUACAGAGACUGUAAGAAGACAUGGCUGGAUCAAAGGAAAGCGGAUCGCAGGGCUGGCCGCGACGCGAGUUUGUAGUCAAACCAGACACUCCUUCUAAGUUGUGGUCUGGUUAUAUUGGCC